AGAGCAGAGCGCAUCUACUCAGACGCCGUGCGCCCUCAUUGCGCGCGUACUUCAUCGGAGAAAAAGCAUGGCCUUUUGUCAAAAUAACUAUUCUCUUGCCGGUUAUACAAAUCAGUUAUUUGUCGGGGUUCAUAUAUACGCAGAUCUUUGAAACGAAUACUGUCCGAUGUAAUAAGAAAUUGGCGCGAAAUUAUUAACAAUGAGUGGUACUUUAUAACUACAACUAAACUUGCACAUAUGGCUGCUUGUUUUACAGUUGACGUAAUUGGAAGCAACGGAACUUAUUGCUCACGGAAAAGGAGGAUGAGUCUAAACAAUUACUAAUUUUGUGAACCAAGAAUUUGUGAGCCCCAAAGGGGAAUGAUGGAUAUUGUAAAUCAAGUAAACAUGACCCUGAUGGAGGAUUCUGGACUCAAAGAAUCCACCAACUGCUCCAACUGCUACUCUUUCAAUGAAAAGAACUUUCUGGAAUUUGAGGACAGUACGAAGAUAGUUGGAGUUCAGGUGAUACUCAUCCUCGCUUACAGCACCAUUAUACUUUUUGGAGUCAUCGGAAAUUCCCUGGUUAUCUUUGUAGUGUACAAGUUCAAAACUCUUCGUACCGUGACCAACUUUUUCAUUGUAAAUUUAGCCGUGGCUGACCUGCUUGUGAACACGCUAUGUCUGCCGUUUACUCUGAUCUACACCCUUCUGGGGGAAUGGAAGUUUGGCCAGGUACUGUGCUUCAUGGUGCCCUACUCCCAGGGCCUAGCUGUGCAUGUCUCCACCAUCACCCUGAACAUCAUUGCCCUGGACCGCCAUCGCAGUAUCGUCUACCAUCUGGAGACCAAGAUGUCCAAAGACAUGUGCGCCUUGGUCAUCGCCAUCACUUGGGCCACCAGUGCCCUCCUGGCAAGCCCUCUGGCAAUAUUCCGCGAGUACGAGACCUUUGCUCUCUCGCCCGAGCUGUCCAUCCAUGUGUGCACUGAGGCGUGGCCACAGAGCGGCAUGGAUGGGACCAUCUACAGCAUCUCCAUGCUUCUAGUGCAGUACGGCCUGCCUCUGGCCAUCAACUCCUUUGCUUACAUCCGCAUCUGGAAUAAGCUCAAGAACCAUGUGAGCCCCGGCGCCCGAAACGACCGCCACCGACGGAAGAGGAAGACCACCAAGAUGCUGGUGAUGGUAGUGGUGGUAUUUGCCGUCAGCUGGUUGCCGUUCCACGCUUUCCAACUGGCCAUCGACAUAGACAACAGUGUCCUUGACAUGAAGGACUUUAAAGUGCUCUUCACAGUCUUCCACAUCAUGGCCAUGUGCUCCACCUUUGUCAACCCCAUCCUCUACGGGUGGAUGAACAACAACUACAGGGCAGCCUUCUUAUCUGUAUGUAAGUGUGGCCAGGCCGUCAAUUCGGGCUCUCAGAGCUCCAUGAAAAGGAAGACCCAACGGGAAAGAGACUCGGACUUCAGAGCCACUGAUGUUUGAGUUUAUGAUAUGUGAUAUCUGGUGAAAAAAACGAUUGUGAAUCGUUCAUGGCAAGCACAUACAUUCAGUUCAUUUGUUGAUUGUACAAAAAAAUUAUGUGAAAUGUCUUAUAACUAUUAAGGUGCAAACCACUGUGAGAGAAGUUAUUUUUCAAGAUGUUAGUGUUUAUCACAGUCAUGCUACUGCUGCCAGCCAUUUGGUAAUUGUAUUGUCAUUGAUGUUUAGAUGAUGUUUCAACUGCUACUUCUCAACUGGGAAUAACUGGAACAAAAUGCAAAUAUGUAGGCCUAAAUUCUGAUGAAUUGACAGUAAAUGUUAUAUUGUCUUUUUAAUGUUACAUCUGUAAAUUAUGAGAUCUUUAAUGAUCUACUAAAGCAGCUCCCAGGAUUGUUUUUUUCAGAAUGGGUGCGGGGGCCUAAACCUUGACAGCAGUGAUUAAUCAAGCCCUAGUUGUAAUCAAAACAUUAUUUACUUAGACAGGUUGUCAACAAAUUAAAGGUCAAACCAGUAAGUAAAAAACAUGGCAAAAAGUUCAUACAAACAUAACAAAAGACUUAAGUUGACAGCAAAGACAUUUCCCAAGUACACAUUACAUCCAUGUAUGGCAUUUAUUAGAGAUACUGACCUGAGCUCCAGAACAAGGCUUUCCACUCGUUUCUGGAGAAUCCCAAUCCUAAUUGUUACUAACCUUAUUUAUCGUAUCAAACAUCUAAUUAAUAAGAUGAAGUAUUCUUGAUUAAGUGAAAUUGAUUGGUUAAAAAAUAAAACGACAGUACAGUAGCUAUCCAAGAACAAAACUUGUCAGUCCUGCUUUAGACAGUCUAUAGCUUUUUUAAAGGUCUAUGUUUACCACCUAUACCAUUCCGGACCCCCUCCCUCACUUGCCCUAGGUGGCGGCUAAUAGACCAAUUAACGCUAUACGUUCUCAGAAUGAGUCUGGCAGAGCUAAAUCAUUUAAAGAGACUGUCCUUUCCUGUUGUUGUUAGGUUUAUUGCCAUUGCUGUGGAUUUGGGAGUUGCGGUGCGACAAGAGGGGUUGGUUCAAUGCGUCUGUUUUUAGUAACCCAUUCAUGGAACAUUCAGCACGUACGCCAGUAAUUGUUCAUCGCUCUGUCGAAGGUUUAUUGACAAGUGGCUGCGGUGACACACACCUGUGUUGUCUGGGCUAAACCAUGUCUUUGAAAGAUAUGGAAAAUGGUUUAUAACAAGUGCCACCACCUUAAUCCAGAAGAGCUAGCUCACAAACUAGUGACUUGAUUAAUAGGUGACGUUCCACUAGUUCACUGCAUGCAUUAAUCCAUCAUAUCAGGUAAAGUGAGGAUGAAUGGUUGCAGGCAUUAGUAUCAACAGCGACAGUUGAAAAAUAGAACUGAUCAUUCCGCAUGCUACCACAGUACUGUACGAAAUGAAUAGCCAGCAAUUAAUUAAGAAGAGGGCUUUGAGAGGCAACAAAGAAAACCGGUCUUGUCUGUUCCUCGGCUGAAGGUAUCAGGUACUAAAAAGGCUGAAGUUGCCCUUAUUCUUGAUAAAUGACCUUCCAGUAUGACUGCUAUUGGCCAUCUCUGAUAUUGCUGCACUGACAUAUAUAUUUUGAGGCUUAAAGCCUGAGGAACGUGCACUACUCAUCCAUCAACAUGAUCAAAUUAACAGGGGUAUUCAGAAAUAACUUUACAACCAUCUGGGCACUGUGAACAUAAUGGGAUUAUUACUAAUUGUAUGCCAUUUGGGAACCUGCCAGAGAUCAAGACUCACACCUUACUAACUGGUUGUGUGCCAUAGAUGACACAUGCAG